CGGGACCUACCGCGCCCAUACCUGAUUUGGGUAGCUUCUGUUUGCUUAGGUUUUUUCUUUCUUUUUGCAUUGGUGGAUUUAUUUUUAUUUUUUGCUGUUAUGUUUCGGAGUGAGUGAUCCGCACAGAAUUUGUGUGGAAUUGAUUUUAGCGCAGGCCCUCUUCUCAAGCCGAGUCUUCGAUCUUCCUCGUGCAUAUCUAUCCACACUCUCUUCAGUUUCCCCUUUUUCUUUUCCUUUUCUUUCUCGGGUUGCCUCCGUUUCCCAUGUUUAUUUUUGGCAGUUGGUUCCGUUGGCGGUAGCCCUUUUCCUUGCAAUGAGGAAGUUCCUGCGUAAAUACACUCCUUCCUCGAGGUGAUUUUGUUCAUUUGGGUGCUUGUGGACGAGUUCGGAUGCGUGUUUCCUUCGUUCCAUUUUCGGGCACUACGUGUGAUCUUGUGAGAUGGGUCGGCCUCGGGAUCUGUGGAUACGUCCUUUUUCGGACAGCUUGCUGAUGAACCGAAGCCAUUGCCUUUCGCACAUUGAGGUUCUUUGGUCCUCAUAAGCUCGACUCCCUGCCGUUGUGAAUUGUUUAUAGAUUAAGAUGGACAAUUCUGCGAUGCUUUCGCAAUGUGGGUUGUUGUUUUUAUGUGAAAAAAGAGAGGAAUGUUGCAUCUGAUUGGGUGUUCUUGAGGGAAAGCUUGAAUUUUUAUGAGCUGGAUGGUCUGUGACAAGUGAUAAGGGACUUUCUUUUUGUGCUUUGUAGAGGGUGCUUGGUAUGGGUUGAAAUGGGGUGUUCCUGAGCAAUUUUGGGUGGGGAAAGAAAAGGUCCAAAAAAAUGAAGUCUGUGGAGCUUGUGAUGAGGAGGGAAUCAGGGGAAGAUGAGAGAAGUCAAAGAUCAUGAGAAGUAGAUGAACACGAGUCCGAUGUUUCCUAGAUUUCAUGUGAAUGAUACGGAAAAAGGAGGGCCCAGAGCACCUCCCAGGAACAAAAUGGCUCUCUAUGAACAGCUCAGCAUUCCCUCACAAAGCUUCAACUCUCCAAUGACAUCGUUAUUGCCCCUUCCACUCGACCAGGGUGGCUCUUUAGCUUCUUCGGCGCCAUUGCUUUUUGUUAUACGGUGACUGUAGGGCGGUGCAAACCAAAGAUACGCGCUGACACCAUUGUGUAGCUCGGCAGUCACUCAUCUUGCAAGGAAAGCCGAACUGCAUGCUUCUGCUGGCGUCAAGUUGAACUCUCUGAUGGAAACUAGAGAGAUCAACUUGAUGCAAGCACGGGGUUCAUCGCAUUUCAAGAGAGUUGCUCCGAGGAAACACAGAGAUGCUGAUGAUUUUACUAUUCCAGCUCUUGUCAAGAGAGUAUUAACUCCCCAUAGUGACCGUAAGUGCAACAAAAAUCUCAAGCUUAAUCCUGCCUUACACACGGACGAUUCAAGCCAAAGUAAGAGUUCUCGAGAAAAGCAGAUUGACCCUACAAGAUCCACCAGCAUGAAUUCAAGACAAUGCGCAAGAAAUCCAUUACUAGACAAUCAAGAGGUGUCUUCGGCAAGUCAUGAGAGGCCAGUCACAUUAUGUAGGGAGAAUACAGAUGCAUCUUUCCCCCCAUCAAGCAAAGACAAAAUAUCCGAAACUUCAAAAGGAUCUCACGCAUCUAUAAUUGGAGAAUGUAGAAGCAGUUCAGUUGAUGGGUUAGCAUGUUCGAAUACAUCAAUGGGUGACGGGUGUCAUGUCCAGCAAGACAUAUCAGUGGUUAGAGGUGAAGUUUUAGAGGAAUUAAGCAAGGGCAAUGCUUCACGUUUGAGGAGUAGAUUGCGUUCAAAGCCAUUGAUUGAGAAUGGGAAAAGGGGUGCAAAUGGGACCAAGUGUGACAAUAAGGAUCAUGAAGACGGUGAAUAUCCCAUCCAAGCAGCAGAAGGAAAUGGAUGUAAUGUCUUGGACAGUUUAGAAGAGUCUCCAUCUUCUUUGUAUCUGUUGCCAGAUGAUGUUGUUGGAGUAAUAGGUGAAAAACAUUACUGGAAUGCGAGAAAAGCCAUUGUCAAGUCGUGCAAAUUAUUGAUGAGGGGGAUGAUAUCAUUAUUACUAUCAUCAAUAUGCUUGGCCAAAAAAAUAUACGUUGUCAAUAUGAUGUGGGGGCCAGUGCUUCUCAACAUGAUAAACUUUCAAUGUCUGGGAUGUCAACAGAGGAUCUUUGCAGCACAAGUGUUUGAGUUGCAUAGGCUAAUAAGGGUGCAGAGACUUAUUUCAAGAUCUCCUCAUCUACUUGGAAGUAGUCUCUACUUUGGGAAUCCUUUAGUAGAACACCAUGCAAUAAAGUCAGUUCCAUCUGAAUGUCUCAUAGAAGCAACAACACUACUGAAAAGCAAUUCGCUAAGCACCCAAGAGAGGAACCCCACCCCAAUGGUAAAACUUCCCCUCCCUCCAAUAGAUAGUGACUUCAGCAAGAAGCUCGUUGGUGAACAACCAGAACAAAGCCAUUAUUCAGAAACUUCAAAUCCAGCCGCUUGUGAACCAACCCUGCGGUGCUUCCCACGCAUUGGAAACCAGUGGUUAGUUCCUAUGAUGAGCCCUUCGGAAGGGCUCAUUUAUAAGUCUUAUUCUGCGGUAUGCCCUCCCAGAGGAGGCACUGUUGGACCCCUUUAUGGUGGUUGCGCACCUAUAAGCUUUGAGUCCAUGGGCAAUGAUGUAGGCAUGACAUUUGGUAUCCCAGCUUCCCAACGACAAGCCAUGGGAAUCCUUCCCAGGACUUCUGUGGCGGGCCAAACCUUCUUUCUGCCUUGGGGAAUUCCGUUGACGAAUCCAUCUGUUGCUAGCUCGGCCAUUGAACCUAUGAGCAAUCCGUUCAUUUUGGGCUCUCAAUCAAAUCCGCAGGUCAACCAGAGGUCGACAGGGGAAGUUAACAUCAGUCGAACCCACCAGAGUUCCUGCAACGUGUCAACCCAGGUAAGUCGAGUAAUCUCGUGUGAUGGUCUUAAAAGUCCAACUUUAAAGGAAAAUGAGCUUCAGGGAAGUACUGGAAGUAAUCCCUCUGAAAAGUUAGGAGGAGCUGCGCUUCCUCUAUUUCCUAGAGAUCCCACAAAGUCAGAUCAGAAAGUGCAGGUGCAUAGCAGCAACCGGCUAGAAAAGGUGAUCAAGGUUGUACCUCAUAACCCGAGGUCGGCUGCGGAAUCGGCAGCUCGUAUCUUUCAAUCAAUACAAGAAGAAAGGAAACGGCAUGAGUAGCCCAUUCCCCUGUCCCAGAUAAUUUCUGUAUUAACUAAUACCUGCUAAGCAGAAAGUGACCGUUGAGCCUAGCUCCUUAGACAAGCAUAUGUUUUUUUUUUUUUUUGGGGUCCGAGCUACCCAACUUAUGCCUGAAAUGUAUACAUGCUUCUGAGUGGUUGACAAUGAACUUUCUUACUUGUCGUAUCUUUCAAUGACAAGCAUGUUGUAUGAGCAUAGGCUCUUGGCA